AUGGAGGCGCAGAAGCGGCAGAGCAGCGUGGAGCUAAUCUGCACGGAGAGGCCCGGGUGGGACCCCCUGGACGGUGCAGAGCACAGGGACAGCCACAAGGACAGGAAAGAGCUCCUGCUCAGGGAGCUGCACAACAUGAAAAUGAACCUAUUCGACAAUUCGCCCUUCUCAAAUUAUAUCCACUUUUACGAAAUAUAUAAAAACUUGAAAUGUAUAGUGAAGUAUGAGAAGGAAGUGCCAAAGGGGUCUUGGCUUCUACACCCGAUGGGGAAUAAAAAAACGUACCUUCUCUAUCUUGUGUAUAUUCUUUUUUUACUGUUAAGUAUAUGCCUCUUAUUUCGCCUGCAGACAGUGCUUAGAUUUCCCUGGGGGGUAAACACACAUUAUCAUCCGUGUGAAAUUCACUUCCACGUGUUCUCUACCUUUUCCGUUUUGGCCUAUUGCCUGCUAAAUUUGUAUAUCAUUUUUUUUACAUACAAAACGUUCCUCCACCAUGUGGAUGUCAUGUGUCUGAUAAUCCUCCAAAUGUUGUAUAAUGUCUACAUACGAGAGAAAAACAAAGAAAUUUACCGAAACACGGAAACUCUCAUUGAGGGGUGUAAAAAGAUGUUUAGCCACUUGGACAAAAAAUUUGACCACAUGGUGCUACUCCACGCUGAUGAAGUUUUCAACAAAUUUACAAACAUUUUCAAGUAUAUAAGUAGGGACAGCUACACGAAGGGGGGGAAAAUCGGCACACCAACGAAAUGCGGUGAGCUGUUCAUGGGAAUUGGGCACCGGAGGGAGAAAAUGGGGAAUGCCGAAAAGGCAGAAAAGGUGAAGAGGACCAGAGCAACGCCGAAGAAACCCACCUCUGAUAACCAACCAUGGGAAAGCAACCUCCUCUGCAGCAACGGCCUAUGGAGCAAUUCGCACACAGAUAAAGACGCUACGAUGGCCCCCACAAAGCGUGCAGUCUCCGUAAUUAUAAACAACGAUGAUUUAUACGAAGAGUUGAAUAUCCCCCCAGGGGGAGACAUCCCCAAUUAUAAUUAUCACUGUAUCCACAUGGACAGAAAAAAUAUUUUCAACAUUUUUGGAAACUCCAUUUAUUCAAACAUUUACAACAUAAGCAAUUACAUGAAGUGUAAUCACAACUACAUCCACUCGUUAAUGAUCCAGAAGUGUAGCGAUAAAAUAAAUUACAUAAAAUACUUUUUUUUCUUCAUUCCUUAUGUAAUUAAUUUGUGUGUAAAUUUACUUAUAAAUUUUUACAUCCUUUUUUCCGUGUAUUACUACAACAAUGCCGUUCCUUUAGUCCCGCCUUACGAGCUAGCCAAAAUGCACAUUUUAAAUUUGCGAAAUUAUAAAGGCAUAUAUUACAUUCUGUUCAUAUUUUUUUUUAAUUUUUUUUUUUUUUUAUAUGCUCUUUUCCUUUCCAAAUUAAAUAUCAUUCACGUCUUCCUCAAUCAGAUUUACAAGAAUUGCAAAUAUGAGUCCAUUUACUAUUGUGAGCAUGUCAUGAAUGAGAUUUACGAAAAUUGCAUUUUUUCCCACAUUGUACAGAUAGUACUGAACAGAAAGGGCGUCAACAGGCUGCAUCAUGGAGGGACCAAGGGAGACGCCCUGUUGGAGAAAGCGCCUGACCAGACAAAGUGGAAAGGCCUAUCCCCAGACGCCUCUCAAGAUUACCACGUCCAGGUGAAUAACCCAGGCGGAACUUCUCACGAUGUUGGUAACACCCUCCAGAGGAAGAACCCGAAUGUUAACAGGAACAAAUCCCACGACAUUAACUUUCGAACGUGUCAGGAGGUAGAUUCCUUCUUCGGUAACAAGGAUUCCCACCCGGAGUAUGACGUCUUCGAGUGCACUAAAUAUUUCAGCAUGAGUUAA